AUGGAUUCCUCAAGCACAGAAAAGGCAGAAGUGUCGAGAGUGGAGAAUACUAGCCGAGCUCCAAGCACUCCAACAGGUCAAGAACUGCGAGACCAUCCCAAGACAUGGAAUAGAGGCCUGAAGCUGAUGGUUCUGGCCAAUCUUUGCUUCAUGGCCGGUAUUUCUGCUGGGUUGACCGCUCUCGUAUACGACUUCCACAGCAACUACGACAAGGCGGGCGAUAUAGUCGCGUACUCUGUGCUCUGCAUAGGCCUGGGUUCCUUCAUAUGGAUCCCAACCGCUGUAGUGAUUGGGAAACGACCUGUCCUGCUAGCAUCUCAAAUAAUGUUCAUGGCCGGAUGCGUUUGGUGUUCCCAGGCAGCCUCAAUGGACAGUCUUCUCGGUGCUCGAAUUCUCGGGGCCUUCGGUGCUGGCGCAGUUCAAGCUGUUGGUCCUGCCGUUGUAGGAGAAAUAUUCUUGGAGAAGAACUACUCUAAGGCAAUGGGAUUGUACGCCGUGAGUCUCUGUAUCGGAGCUCAGGGUGGUCCUCUCAUCGCCGGCCACUUGAUCGAAGCUAGAGGAUGGAGCUGGUUUUUUAUUCUCCUCGCUAUUCUCAGCGGCUUCAACUUUGUUACACUUGCACUUUUCUGUCCAGAGACUGCUUUUAACGUCGAGAUUGAGGCGGGCGCAACCAGUGCUGAUGUCGACGCCGAUAUUCUUGACCAGACCACUGGCCUUGGUCGCACCCAGAGCUCGCUCACAACAUGGAAGCAGAACUCUUUCUAUACGAGACACCCGCACGUACGAGGUGGUGGGUUGAGGCAAUGGUUUCUUUCGUUCUUGCUGCAGAUCGAAUUCAUGUUCGAUCCCAUCGUGAUUCUCUCUGCAGGCAUGUGGGGAAUUGUGUUAGCUUGGGUCGCCACUAUCUCUGUUAUCUCCAACCAAUUGUUCGCCGCGCCCCCUUUCCUCUGGGGCCCUGCUGAACUGGGCAACUGGGCGUGUACGAGUCUAGUCGGCGUAGCCAUUGCCUUUCCCAUUGCCGGGCCCUUGACCGACACUGUCUCCUCAUUUAUCGGCCGCCGCAAGGGCAAGCAUAUGCCUGAAUACCGACUCGUCACUCUGGUGGUCCCGUUUCUGUUCUCGUCAUCUGGCCUCUUACUGUUUGGGUACACAUACACCAAGGGUUCGUAUGUAGGGCCAGCAGUUGGUUAUGCCAUGCAAGCUGCCAGCCUCAUGCUCAUUCCCACCUCUGUCCUGUCCUAUGGUGUCGAUAGCUACCCUUACGACGCGGCCGAGGUAACGGCUCUGAUGAAUGCCGUGACCCAUAUCAUCCCUUUCGGGCUGACAAAGACGGCUUCAAAUUGGCUUGCAAGGGUCGGUGUCGAAAAGAUGUUUCUGCAGAUGGCCAUAAUUCAGUGGGUUUUGCUAGCUGGCUUUACCAUUGUCCUGUUGGUCUUCGGACCUUGGAUUCGGGUCAAGGCCUCUUUCGUUCAUCAGCAUUAUGGCGCUAAGAGAUUUCUGUAA